CUGGAAAGAAAAUGAAUGCUACGAAACGUUAAUGGCAGUUCAAGAGCGCUGGCAGGCUUUUAAGUUAGGUUAAGAGGCUCAAACAUUUUGCGAAGAAUAAGAAUUAAAAAAAAAACAACAACAAUAGAGCGAAUGCAUUUAAAGAUGGUGACAGAGCUGUUAAUUGAUAGAACUAUAAAUUAGCUAAAGAAAUAGCCUUAUAGAUAGAAGAUGGAAGAAAAACAUUAAGAACAAGUAACAUUAUAAACCGGUAAGAGCUAGGAGUAAAAGAGUUUUGUAAAAAGCAGAAGAAUUGUCCACUUGUGCUGGCUAUAUAAAACCAAGUAUUCGAGUUCAACUAGUGAAGUAGUAGAUGCAAUACAAAGUUCUAACCUCUGCCUCGUUCAAGUUUUGUACAUUUGUGUAGCUCAACCUUUGUUGUCAACAGCCUUUUGCUUCUUGUUCUUUUGAAUGGAAAAACUGGGUUUAUAUUUUAUUUAGAAUCAUGACAGAAGCUGACACAGAGGGGACCAACGAAGAACAUAAAAAAUGGUGCCAGAAGUCAGAUGUUGCAAUUCUUAUGCGAGGUUGUCCUAUGAUGGAGGAUCGCCAAAGUGACGUCGUGCCGAGAGAAUUCCUUUGCUGCCCUCUCUGCCAGGAUGAAUACCAGGACCCCAAGUACCUGCCAUGUUUACAUUCCUUCUGCAAGGCCUGCAUCGAUGAUCACAUUGAAGCCACCUGCAAUCAGGAUCGAUGUUUCUCCUGUCCAGUAUGUGCCACGGAGAUAGAUCUAUCGCAAGAGGCGUCCAUAGAACUGCCAGAUAAUACUUUAGUCAGAAGACUGAGCUGUCCGAACACUGUGCGCGACAAGAGAAAAAAGACAUGCGGCCAGUGCGACAAUGCAGGCUCGUCCUUCCCGGCAUCGGUGCACUGCGUCAACUGCGACGAGUUCCUUUGCGAGAACUGUGCAGCUAAGCAUCUGGACCAAGAGGAAACCGUUAGUCACAAAACACAGACGAUAGACAAAUUUGAAGAGGGCGAUAAUGGCUGGUCAUCUGGCUCCCAGCUGCCAACCUUGCCACGGUGUUGUCAGUAUUACGACGCCCUGGAUAUAGGUUCUGUGUAUUGUGUGGACUGUGAGCUGUGCCUAUGCCCUGAGUGCCACAAGCGUGAGCAUGAUGACCAUAGAUGCGCAGAAGUCAGCGCCAUAGCACUAAACUUCGCCAGCAAGAUCAAAAGGCCCAUGAAGGAAUUGAAAAAAGACAAAAAGUCGCUACAGAAGGCUCUGGCAAGUUUAGAAAAGGCCAAAAACUCCACAUUCAAAAACGAACUCGAUAUGAAAGACUGUGUGAGGAAGAGGACAGGGAUGCUCUGCAAUUUGAUCAAGGAAUAUGAAACCAUUUUAAUCAUGGAACUAGAGAAGAGAUAUUCCCAGAAUUUAAAUAUGAUUCGAGAAAAAGAAGAAGUCAUCAAAAAGCAUUUGGCUUCCAUCGCCGUGGUGACUGAUCUGACCGAGAAACUGCUUGUCUUUGGUUCAGACGAAGAGAAGGUCUCGCUGCGCAGGAAAAUAGGCGGGAGAGUAAGAGAGUUAUGUGAGUACAGGCUGCCAUCUAAACAAGUCAAGCUGACAAAGUGCGUUCUGAGCGAGCCAGCGGUCACCGUGGAGUCCAUAUGUGAAAUGUUUGGCGAGCUCAAGAACCACUCGUCUUUGGAAAAGAAAAAGCUUCAAGCUGCAUCCCACAGUGUUGAUCUCGGAGUCAUGAGCAGGAGAAACAGACAUUCCAUAUCAUCUACUGAAGAGUAUCCGCUCGAGCUGGCAGGUCUGGGGGAAUAUGAGGACGAAGCAGAGGAAGACACGGACAUGCUGAGUGAAAGCAACACCAGUGACGCCCUCAGGCCAGCUUCUUCUUUGUUCUCAACUAGCGGGAACAGCAACGAAGAAAUGAGGCUAAGUAACAACAGCAGCUAUUCUCCGAGACCAGAAAAUACAACACAUGAACCUGACAACGAAGUGCAGAGAACCAUCGGCACUCAAGAAGACUUUCCAUGUCACAACUUGGAAGAACCCGUCAGAGAAAUGAGGUUUCCCGACGCUAUUAUUUCCGAAUGUAUCAAAGGCGUGGGUGUUAAUCAUUUAGGAGAUAUCAUUGUCGGCACCGUAUCCCCUGGUGGGUGUAGUAAGGUUUUUAUUCUGGAGCAGCAUGGCAUCAUCAGGGGACAGAUCCCCAUCGUUAAAAACUGGGGGAUCCACUCAAUAUCCGCCGAUGGGAAAAUUAGCCUCGUAAUGCCCAGGAGCGAGAGCAAGUACAAGGUGAAGGUCAUGUCUGGGGAUAACAAUGUUGACGUGCUGGCCGAUGGCCACAUCGAAAGUUUCGGUCUUAACUUCGUCACGGCCACCAAGGAAGGGAAACUUUUAGUGGCCGCAAGUCGUUACGCGACUACAAACGCCAUCCUUGGUCGGUCAGGGAAGUAUGGUGGUAACAUCACGCUGUACGACCAGAAAGGCUCCGUGGAGCGCGUUCUGACCAACGACACAUUCUCCGGCCUGCACAUGGACCUUUUCGACCGGCCGCACUACAUUUCAACCGACAAGAUGGGAAACUUCUUCGUGGCUGACCCGGGGAGGCAUAGCGUCAUUGGCUUCGCGCCAGGCGGGGACUUUUUGUUCGAAUAUGGCAACACGGACGCAGAGGAGGAGUUGUACCAGGGGCCAGAUAUCAUCUGCACCGAUCAACACAACAACGUCAUCGUCUUUGACAAGAAGGACAGCCGCAUCGACGUGUUGAACUACGAGGGCCACCUCCAGAGGUGCUACUUCCCUAACGAGCAUGUUCGCUUCAUUAGCAGCACCCCUGACAACCACCUGAUGCUGGUCAACUCUGAAGGCCUAAUCAGAUACUUUGAUUACAUUUAGACGCAUUUCGAUGUGUAUUAAUUUCUUCUUAGUUGAAAGCCUACAUUUAGUCAGAUCAAAUACCCAUGUACAGGGUAUUAAGGUCCUUUCGGUUGAAUGAUUUAGUCAUCUCAAACAUUACUAAGAGCAUCUUAGUUGGAUACUUAACAUUCAGUCAUCUGAAUUAAACAUUAUAAGUUUAUCUUAGUUGGAUGCAGUUCAUCUCCUUUGGCUGCCUAACAUUUGAUCUUUGUCGAGUAUAUUUAUAAAUCUACGACCUCCUCUUGAUUAGAUGCAUACAUUCAUUUGUGUCAAGUUCCUUGUUAAGAGAUUGUUACUUUCUGCCAAGUUUUGAUUCAAUGUAGAUCUAGCUAUGGUGCAAGAAAAAACUGAUAGAUCUAUACUAUGGGUGAAUGACACAAUAAACUAUACAAAAUAUAGAUUUAGUAAAAAAAAAAGUAUGUAACACCUGAACCAGUGGGUGGCCCUGCUAAAAACAACACAAUACGUGGCAUACAAUUCUAUACAUCUGUAAAGCUGUACCACACAGUAAUUGUGAAUUAACAAGUUAAGACAACCAAAUGAUGUCCUAUUAAAUAUGUGUCUAUGUAUGUGCAUAUGAUAUGUAUUGCUGGGUUCGCCAUUAGAAGACCAAAAGUAGUCGUGGCACUUAUUUUGAGCACGAUCCAAGCCAUGGCGAAAUCGGGUUGUCAAUACCUCUUUUAAUUGUUGGUAUUUAAACAUAACGGAUGGACAGACACAACAGCAUAGAACCAAAAGCGGCUUUUUCUUACAUGGGCCUAAUGAAAUUGUAUUUAAAUUAUGUCCCAGAAAAUGUUCCCUACCACACCCUGCCAAAAGUGAUGUUAGCAUUGUUUAAACAAAUAUGUAUGAUCACAUCUAUUCGAUUGAACUAUUGGAAACACAAACUUAGUAAAUGGAUUAGUUGUGGAUUCAAUGUACUCGAAACAAACUGUAUAGAAACUAGACAUUGUACUCUGGUUCCAUUAGACUCUUCCAAGCAAAUAGAAUGGACAGCUACAACACUACUAAAAGUAACCUUGUGGUGAAAGAAAUGAGCUUUAACCAUACAUUUGUAGAUGUAGAAACAGACCUAGAAACUGACGUCUUGUACAGUGUUGUUCACAGUGAAAUAUUGCCUGAAUUAAAAACGGGUUGUUGUUGUUUUUUAAUUGAACAUGUUUACAUUUAUAGAAGGCAACUGAUUUAAGGAAUCCUGCUACAUAAAUGUGCAUUGAUUUGGAUACUUUGAUGUUCUUUUUAGUUCAAUGGAUUUGUACUUCAUAUUUACCAGUACAUUUUGAUGCAAACAAAAAUUGUAACUAAAAGGUGUUCAAAUAAAUCCUAUCUUUGAGCUCUUUUGCGAUAGGUAGCGAUCUCCACUACUGGUUGCAUCAAUGUUGUUUUUUGUUUAUAAUUUGAACACGUUAUUUUACAAAUAUGACAAUGUCAUCAGAAAUAGAUCACGAUCACAGUUACAUGCACAUUCAGACAACUGGGGGGGGGGGGGG